GUCUGACAUUCUCCGUAGCGUGAUCAGCAGCAACGUGUCACCAGUCUGGCAAACUGACAAGCUGAACGAGCCGUCUCGCCUUAUGAGCGUGGAGCCAGCUGCGCCAUAGUCGAGCAAGACGGCGGUAUCGUAGCUCAGAGCAUGUGAGCCUGCAAGCCAGGAGGCACGCUUGAGCGCGAGCAGGGGAUGGACGUAGAUCCCCACGGACUGUUGAACAGGGCGCCGCUGACGAUCGUGCCCGAGAGGGUCAAGGCGGACGUAGAGGCGAGCAGGCACAGGCAGCAGAGGCUGCUCAGUAUGCGUUGCAUCGUGGACCUUGCCAGGGCGCCGGGAGGGGUCGGACGUUGUCGCGUGUGUGUGUGGGUUGUAGUCUGUCAAGCUGUGAAGUCGAAGGCAAGUCGGGUUGGUCAGCGCUCGAUCGGCCAGAGAUGGGCCACGGGUCAGACAAGCUAUACAUCACUCACUCAGAGUGGACAGGCGAAUUUGGCGAUCAUUCUGCCGGUUCAUCAGGCGCAAAGGCCAAGCGACAAGCUGGCAAUUAUGCAAGACUACCCUAUGACUGCUGUGCGCUCUCGCUCAAGCCCUUCGAUAUACCCAUGGCCACCCUCAACGGCACAAUAUACGAUCUGACAAAUAUCAUUCCCUACUUGCGCAAACACGGUACUGACCCUGCUACGGGCGAGAAGCUCGCGCCCGGCGAUCUCAUCAAGCUCAACUUCUUCAAGAACACCCAGGGAGAGUACUUCGACCCGGUGACUUACAAGAUCUUCACUGAACACACCCCGCUCGUCGCUAUCCGCACGUCCGGCAAUGUCUUCUCGAAGGAAUCAGUCGACAGACUCAACGUCAAGCCGCGACACUGGAAUGAUCUCGUCUCGGACGAGAAAUUCACAAAGGACGACAUCAUCGUCAUACAAGAUCCGCACAACCCCGAGCAGCGAGACUUCUCCCAAUUCCAUUACAGGAAACACGAUCUGAGCUUCACAGAUGAAGACAUUGCGGCAGCGAAGCAAGGCCUUUCCGGCAUCAAUGUCUCUGCAGUCGGUGGCGCGAAUCUGCUCUUGCGCAAGGUUGCACGGUCUGCGCCUGCCAUCGAAGAUGUCCAGCCUGGUCCUGCAGAGGCGCCUGCGAAUAACGCUGUGAAGCAAGGGCGCCCAGCUACGUCGACCAAAGUCCCGUAUAACGCGAGCGCACACUCGACCGGCAAGACGGCAGCCUCACUCACUUCGACCGCCUUUACCGUCUCGACCAAGACAGAACGCGCUCUGAUUGACGAAGAAGAGUUUAUGUUCAAUCAGAUCAAAGGCAAAGGCUACAUUCGCAUCACCACCAAUCUCGGCGCACUGAACGUCGAGCUGUUCUGCGAUAAAGCCCCGCGGACGUGUUACAAUAUGCUCAUGCUCUCGAGACUGCACAAGUACGAUGACACGCUCUUCCAUCGAUCUGUGCCGGGUUUCAUGAUACAAGGCGGCGAUCCGACGGGCACUGGCCGGGGCGGCGAUUCAUUCUGGGGACCGCCCUUUGCCGACGAAUAUGGCUCAGCCAAGGCGCUCAAGCACGAUGACAGAGGGAUACUAAGCAUGGCCAACCACGGUCCGAACACAAAUACUUCCCAAUUCUUCUUAACUUUCAAAGCGACACCUCAUCUCAAUGGCAAGCACACCGUCUUUGGCAGGCUGGUGGGCGGACAGGAUGUGCUGGACAAGAUGGAAAAGAUUGCAGUCGAGAAGGAUACAAAUAAGCCUCUGAGGCCCAUCAAGAUCAUCGACGUAGCCAUCUUCAAAGAUCCCUUUGAAGAAUACAAGGCAAAGCUCGAGAAGCAACUCGCCAGAGAUCGUGCGGCCGAUCCUGCCGAGGCUCGCAAGGAGCGCGAUAAGGACAGAACGACUGUAUUUGGUACUCAGCUUGGCGAGAAGGCUCUGCCCGGUCAGCCCGAGAAGACUGCCAACGGCUUCGAUCUCAGUAGGCUCGCUCAACCCAAGGCUGGCGUUGGCAAAUACCUCCAAGCUAGCACAACGAAAGCCAGCAGACCAUUGCCAGACGAGAUGCAAGAGCAGCCUGCGAAGAAGAAGCGAUCAGGAGGAUUCGGCGAUUUUUCAGCCUGGUAGAUCGAUUGUCACAGCAUGUUGAUGUAUCACACUUUGCACUCAGUCUGAGCUUGUCGACAUCCCGACGAGAUGAGAAGACCGCUUGCUCUGCAUUGCGUCAUUCUGCAAGUCACUAAAAAAAAGGGGGUUUGCGUGCACCAAGAAUACGGAAAAGUCCAUGCGUGUGUGCCCGGUAGUGGCGCCAUAAUCUGAAUAAAUCAGCGAUCCUGAUCACAUCGUGAUUUCAUCUCAACGAUCUAGCCGGCGAGUC